CGAGAGGUAGAGAAGGAGAUAUGCUCCCACUUGUCUAGAGAGAAAUCAUCGAUAUAAGAAAUGACAAACAUCGAGGAGAAUCCGAAAAGGUACCCCGUAUGUGCGCUAUCUUUUGUCCACGAAUCUCUUCCGCUGAUCGCUCGGUUUCUUGGUCAACAAACGUAAACCCCGCCAAGACCAUUUGUGCCUCGCGCGCUUUGCUUUGCUUUGCUUGGGAAAGAAAAAGUGGCGCGGCUGCUUCCCAGGCACUCGUCAAAAGAAAACGCUGCCUCUCAUUCUAUCUUCUUCUUUGAACUCGCUAUUUCGUUGUGCUUCACGUUUCACCGAUCAAUCUUACAUCUGUUAACAACGAAUCAACGGUACCCACCUUUUAUCUCGUCAACCGCCUAUCACUUUCCUCUGAAACUUUCGCCGAGAAACUGACCUGGGAACCAUUAAAAGUGAAUUGAGAGCAUUCCACCCGCGCUCCUGGCGCAAUCUCUCUCCGCAACUCCCCUGCUCGAGGAAUCCUCGCCGAUUGGAACGAUUGUUAACCCGAAACACGAUCGUCCAUCAUGUCGUACAAUCGCCUGGGAGAAUCAUAUGGGGAGGACGACCAUAGUCACUCUCCCAUGAUGAACCCCCAUCAAAUGCACAAUCGGUCUCCGUCGCCGGGUCGGCCUUUGAAUGCCUACCAGCUCUCAGAUGUUUCUUAUGGGCCACAGGAGCGUCUUCAUAUGCCGUCGAGUGAUUUGCUGGCCGAGCAGCCAACGUAUUCGGUAGAGCGAUUGCCUAACUCUUACGGUCAUAACGAAGCCUAUGAACAGCGCCAACCGCAGGCUUACCCUGGAUAUGAAUAUUCGGUGGAUCCCGAGGCACAUCACGACGCCUAUUAUACUCAACCUUACCAACCUACAGCGACACCACAGGAUGAUUACGACUUAGGACAAUACCCUGAACACCAGCACCAGCACUCGUAUAGUGACGAUCGCAUUCCCAUGCUACAACAGGACAAUCCCUUCGGGCCGGAUCCCUACAGUGAUGAAUACCAGGUGGAAGAGCCGGCGGACGGCCAUACCCCAAGCCCGGCACCUAUCCGACGGUGGAAAACGGUCAAAGAGGUGCAAUUGUUUAACGGUAAUCUCGUUCUGGAUUGUCCGAUCGCACCCAAACUUCUUAGCCAGGUUCCUCAUGCUGAGCCUCCGGGCCGCGACGAGUUCACACAUAUGCGUUAUUCCGCCGCAACAUGCGACCCCAACGACUUCUUUGAAGAGCGCUUCACUUUGCGCCAGAAGCUGUUCGCCAAGCCCCGUCAUACCGAACUCUUCAUCGUGGUAACAAUGUAUAACGAAGAUGACUUUCUUUUCGCGCGGACGUUGAUUGGUGUAUUCAAAAACAUUGAGUAUAUGUGUUCAAGGACGCAUAGCAAGACAUGGGGCAAGGACGCAUGGAAGAAGAUCGUGGUUUGUGUCAUCAGCGACGGUCGUGCGAAAAUCAACCCGCGAACCCGUGCAGUGUUGGCCGCGUUGGGAGUCUACCAGGACGGAAUUGCUAAGCAGCAAGUUAACGGCAAGGACGUGACAGCACACAUCUACGAAUACACCACUCAGAUAGCUCUCGAGCUGAAGGGAACCCAGGUCCAAAUCAAGGGACGCUCGGCAGUUCCCGUCCAGAUGAUAUUCUGUCUGAAGGAAAAGAACCAGAAGAAGAUCAACUCUCACCGCUGGUUCUUCCAGGCAUUUGGCCGGGUACUGGACCCUAAUAUUUGUGUCCUUCUCGAUGCUGGAACGAAGCCCGGCAAGGACUCCAUCUAUCGUCUCUGGAAGGCAUUCGAUGUGGAGCCGAUGUGUGGAGGGGCGUGUGGUGAAAUCAAAGUCAUGCUCUCGCAUGGAAAGAAACUGCUCAACCCCCUGGUUGCUGGUCAGAACUUCGAGUAUAAACUGAGCAAUAUCCUCGACAAACCGAUGGAGUCCGCGUUUGGGUUUAUCAGUGUGCUUCCUGGUGCAUUUUCUGCGUACCGAUAUGUCGCAUUGCAGAAUGAUAAGAACGGCCAAGGUCCGUUAGAGCGGUAUUUUCUCGGUGAAAAGAUGCAUGGUGCCAACGCCGGUAUUUUCACGGCCAAUAUGUACCUGGCUGAGGAUCGUAUUCUGUGUUUCGAAAUUGUCACCAAGCGUAAAUGUCGCUGGCUACUGCAAUACGUCAAGUCUUCUACUGGCGAGACCGAUGUUCCGGAUCGGAUGGCGGAGUUCAUUCUUCAGCGCCGUCGGUGGCUGAACGGCAGUUUCUUCGCUGCAGUGUAUGCGAUCGCCCAUUUCUAUCAGAUCUGGAGAAGCGACCAUUCCGCUAUUCGGAAGUUCGCGUUACUCAUCGAGUUUUUCUAUCAAACCAUCAACAUGCUGUUCGCUUGGUUUGGCAUUGGUAAUUUCUUCUUGGUUUUCCACAUUCUCACGACAUAUCUCGGUCAGAAAGAUCUCCUCAGCACCACCGGUAGAGUGCUCGGUGUUGUUUUUGAAUGGCUUUACCUCGCAACAUUGGUAACGUGCUUCGUUUUGGCCCUGGGCAAUCGCCCAGGCGGAUCGAAUAAGUUCUAUAUGACCAUGGUCUAUUUCUGGAUUGGUAUUAUGAUUUACCUGGCAUUUGCUUGCAUUUUCGUCACGGUGAGAUCUAUCCAGACGGAGGUGCAGCAGGAUGGCUUUACCUUCACCGAUCUGUUCACCAACUCGACGUUCUUCACGAUCAUUGUGUCCUUGGGCUCAACGUAUGUCAUGUGGUUUGUCGCAUCGAUUAUUUUCUUUGAUCCCUGGCAUAUGUUCACCAGCUUCAUCCAAUAUAUCUUGCUCACUCCGACGUAUAUCAACGUGUUGAACAUCUACGCGUUUUGCAACACUCACGAUAUCACAUGGGGUACUAAGGGUGACGACAAGGCGGAAAAGCUGCCCUCCGCGAAUCUGAAGCCUGGCGGCAAGGUGGACGUCGACAUUCCGCAGGAUGAUGGCGAUUUGAACGCCCAAUACGACUCGGAGUUGGCCAAGUUUGCUGAGAAGCCACCCAAGGAAGUACAGGUCAUCUCCGAAGAAGAACGACAGGCCGAUUACUACAAGGGAUUCCGAAGUGCGGUCGUGCUGGCAUGGGUGUUUUGCAACUUCGCUCUAGGGGCCGUCGUGCUCAGCGCAGCUGGCUUGGACCGCUUCGAUGAGAAUGAAAAGACCAAUGAAGGUUCGAACAAGCGAUCCCAGAUCUACAUGGCAGUCGUCCUCUGGAGUGUUGCGGGAUUGUCGAUCUUCAAGUUUAUCGGAGCGCUGUGGUAUUUGGUUGUGCGAAUGUUCCGUGGCGCUUAAUUAUGGUCAAUGUUUCUCUAUGCGAAUGAUACUUUUGGGUACCACUGCAGGAUCAUGUGGUACUAUAAAUGACGAUGAUGUCUCAUGACGCCAAUUCAUGGCCCAGAUACCCUCGUGGCUAUAUGAUAUUGAUGAAUUUUGUCUGCAGCCGGGCUUCGUAUGUCACGAAUGAGGACAUAAUGUAUGAUGUAGAUACGAGGACUUAUUACUUAGAAUCAUCCAAAAUGUAAACUAUAGAUUGGAAGAUGAGGACCCGCUUUGCUCCAGAGGCCCCAGUGAUUGGAAGAUCUCCAGAUAGCCACGGAAUUAGUGCAUGAAUGUGCCGAUAAGGUUCUUCAUGACGCCAUUCAGGCAUAUCCCGCUACCUUGUUGAACUCCGGCCCUCAAGGUACGUGGUAUAUCUUGCAUCAUGCCCGGAAGGUCCUCACUCGAGCAUCCCGCUUUUUACAGUGGACCCUAACCUUAAAAGAUCA